CAACCUGAUGAGGGUGAGGGGUGGUGUGACCUUCCUGUGUGGAAUCCUGGGAAUAGAGAGGAUGGGGACAGCUCUCUGGUUGGUUCCCAUUACUGGAUCUAUCUACCUGAUGAUGGUGAGGGAUGGUGUGAUCUUCCUGUGUGGAAUCCCAGGAAUACAGAGGACAGGGACAUCUCUCUGGUGGGUUCCCAUUACUGGAUCCAUCUACCUGAUCAUGAUGAGGACUGGUGUGACCUUCUUGUGUGGAAUCCAGGGAAUACAGAGGAUGGGGACAUCUCCCUGGUGGUUUCUCAGUACUGGCUCCAUCAACCUGAUGAUGGUGAGGGCUGGUGUGACCUUCCUAAUGUCCUCUCAUAGCUUAGAAUACAUUUUAGGUCUACAUGUUCAGUCUCACCUACCUGAUGAUGUUGAGGGAUGGUGUGACCUUCCUGUGAGGAAUUCCAGGAAUACAGAGGACAGGGACAACUCUCUGGUGGGUUCUCAUGACUGGAUCCAUCUCCCUGAUGAUGGUGAGGGAUGGUGUGACCUUCCUGUGUGG